AUGCAUUCCCACCUGCACACCCCUUACAACGUCAACUGCGAGGAGAUCAUGACUGCCCUCGACGAAUGCCAUGCAAAGGGAUUUCUUCACAAGGCCAUUGGAAGCUGUAAUGAUAUCAAGCGCGACGUGAACAAAUGUCUUUCCGGCGAGCGCUUCGAGCGCGCAAAGCGCAACCGAGACGAAGCCCGCGGAAACCGCAAGCGUAUCGAGGCUAUCUGGGCCAAGGAGAGAGAGCUCGAUCAGGGUCCCUCUAAUGUCGCUGCUACCGCUGCCACUGGGACUGCCACAAAUGCUGGCGCUCAGAAAUAG